AUGUUCAACUCAGCCCUCCUCGCUCUUGCCGCUACUGCAUCUCUCGUCGUCGCUGACGAUUUCAAGAGAACUGAUGGCAAAGGCUCUUGCAACGUUGGAGAUGUAAAGGUUUGUACUGGCGCUGAUUGUGUACUAUCGCUUGCUAACAACUCACUAGUUAACAUUGUUAAAGACUACCAGGAAGCAACCGGUGAAGAAAAGGAUCUCAUUGGUCUCAAUGAUAUCGUUGGUCAAAUCGGUAUCGAAUGCUCCCAAAUCCCUAUCCUUGGUGUAGCUUUGCAAGAUAUGUGUAAGGUUACCCCUGUGUGCUGUGAAAAGGUUGAACAAAAUGGUUUGAUCAACCUUGGUUGCUCACCACUCAGUGUGAUCUAG